UACCAGUGCGCAGGGGCGGGGCGUCGCUCCUGUUGCCCAGCACAGGUUGCGCGUGGGCGCGUGCCGCUGUGGAUUCUGUGCUGUGGAGGGUAUCUGUGGCGGAAACGCAGCUUGCUAACCAGAGGCUCCGUUAGAAAAAGCACCAGGCAUUGGAGUUACCGUGACGCCUGCACUUUCAGCUUUGUAAGCUAUCUGGUGCGUGCUACUCCGCUGAUUGGAGCCUGAGCUGCACUCGGAAAAAUAGAUUUAAUUUGAGACUGGUUGGCGAGGACUAGAACGCACCACGUUUGCAAAGCGCUUUGCACAAGACGGCAUUUUCUCCUGUCUUCACAACUAAAAAGACAAGGAGUGCCUGCUUUAGCCUGCGGCAUGCACAAAGCACUGGGUUCGAACCCGUGCACCUCAGACGCCAGGCGGUCGUGCAGUUCUACGUGGGAAGUAGAAGCGGGAAGAUCCGGAGUUAAAGGGAGCCCUGGAGGCUGAGUCUGGCAGGCCCAGCACACCCACUGGGCAGCGUGAAGACCCCGGUGGAACGGCGGAAUGCAAGCCCUCCACCUUCCGCACCGCAGCCCCAGCAGCUACAGGGUCAAGGCCAGGGCAUCCUAUGUGGAUGAGACCCUGUUUGGCAGCCCAGCAGGAACCCGGCCCACUCUGCCAGACUUUGACCCACCCUGGGUGCAGAACUGUAACAGAUCUAGAGGACCUCUGAAGGUCUCUCUGGCCAAGAGAGACUGUGAGUCCUCCUCUUCCAGGGGCAGCACACCAAACCUUACACCAAGGAAGAAAAACAAAUACAGGUUGAUUGGUCACACCCCAUCCUACUGCGAUGAGUCACUGUUUGGCACUAACAAGGAGGGGUCUCGGACAGCCAUGGAGGAUGCCGCCAAGCUCCGGACCCUUUUCUGGACCCCACCAGCCAUCCCUAGGGAUAGCCACUCACCUCGCCCCAGGGAGAUCCCACUUCGAGCCAUUCACCCAGCUGGACCCUCUGGGACAGAGCCCAGAGUGGCCACAGGCUCCCAGAAGAUGUCCCAGGAUGGGUUGGGUGUUCCCCACCCUUUGGGACAGAGGCGUUCCCAUUCACUCACCCACCUAAAUGUCCCCAGCAUGGGCCAUCCAGCUUCCAGUGUCCCCCAGACCAAUGGGCCUUGGAGUCCUCGGCCUUACACAUCAGGGGCCACUAUCAAGAGUCCCCUGGUCACUCCAAAGGCACACUCAGGCAGUGUUUUGGGGCCAGCUACUCCUUGGCGAGGGGCCUGUCCCCGCAAGCCAAAGCCUCCUUGGAAAUGAGAUUCUCACCAGGGAUGCCUUUGGCUCAAAGCCAGGACUCAAGCUCAGGUGGGGUCCUCUGGAGACAGUGGUCCCAGGGCCACCAUAUGCUGGAGAAGCCUCCCUGGGGCUUCAUGGUGAGGAUGGGCCAUAAUGUCCUUAGUCCCGACAAGCUCAGGAUGUCUCCAGCCUUCUCUACCAGGUAUUUGGGGUCCUUGAGAUGUCUCUUAGCAGUGUCUCAGCUGCCUUCUGCAUCCGUGCCAAGCUCCACCCAGCUCCCUGCAAAGGAUUCAGUUUCUACAGGGGUCUGGAAGCCUUAAGGGAGUGCCCUGGGCUGCGUAUGGACCCCAGGAGUGGGACAUGGAGAGACAUUAUUUUAAUAUUCAUGUGUUUAUUCCACAUAAUAAAUGUAUUUGGAUCACCAAA